AUGGUAGAGGCUUCAGGGUCUUUCAUCCAUCCAGCAUCUACGGAUGCCGUGACGUCACGUCGGGGACGUCGCUACCGCUGCGACUCCUGUGACUACAAGGCCGAUUUUCCUUCCAAUCUGAAACAACACACGGGGGUUCAUACGGGCGAGGGGCCGUUUCAGUGCCAUUUGUGCCCUCGGGGCUUCAAACAGAGAAUUGCACUGAGGAAUCACCUGCUCGUUCACUCGGGCAAGCGGCCGUAUAACUUCCACCUGGGUCCCCAGGGCUUCUCGCUAAAGUCCACACUGAAGAAGCAUGUGCUCAUCCACACGGGCGAGUGGCCGUUUCAGUGCUCUUCAUGCGCCCAGACGUUUAGGCAGAAGCACCAUGUCACAAGACACGUGUGUCAGCAUGAACAACAGUGA